GUGUAAAUCGCUGGGGACGGGAGGAAGUGGGUGGGUGUAUGGUUUAGUGUCGCAAUAUGUCGACCUGAAGGCAUACAAAAACGUAGACUGAAUGUCAGCAGGCGUCAGAUGGUGGGCUUGCCAGCCACUAUUCAGACGCCUCUUUAUGCUGCUUGUAAGGGACCAUUCACUCUGCACAAAACGUAAGCUCUGCCCUUCAAGCAAAACACAUCAAUUUAGCUGGACCUCUGGGGAAGCCUCGAUUAGACACUAGAUUCUAAACGGGAACGAGCGUCGCUAAUUUAAUAAAGUAGCUGUCCCCGGUGCUGAACGGGCGCAGCGCGUUCGUCGCACGCGAUGGAGCUCAGCACGUUCACCAUGGACGAGUGGGGUAACAGGAACGUGUCGCUCCACGCGAUGAUGCUCGACCACGCGGCCACCACCGCCUCCUCGGCCACCACGAAUGCGUCGACCCCCUUCAAGGGCGUGCAGCUCAUCCGCACCUUGAAGCCGUUCGUUGUGCUCUUCUACACAGCGGUGGUGGUAGUGGGUGUCUUAGGAAACUUCCUGCUCGUCUACGUGAUCUGCCGCGUCAAGAAGAUGCACAACGUGACCAACCUGCUCAUCGGAAACCUGGCUUUCUCCGAUCUCCUCAUGUGCGCCAUGUGCGUGCCCCUCACUCUGGCGUAUGUGUUCGACGCGCGCGGGUGGGUGUUCGGCAGCUUCAUGUGCUACUUCGUGUUUCUCAUGCAGCCCGUGUCCGUGUACGUGUCUGUAUUCACGCUCACGGUCAUCGCUGUGGACCGGUACAUCGUCACCGUGUACCCGCUGCGCCGCCGCAUCACCAUCCCCACGUGCGGCUACCUGCUGGCCGCGAUCUGGGUGACGGCGUGCGCGCUCGCCGCCCCGGCACUGGCUCACACCUACUACUGCGAGUUCCCGGAGCAGCGCAUGACCAUCUGCGAGGAGUUCUGGAUUGGCACGGAGAGGGAGCGCCUCGCGUACGCUUACAGCACCCUGGUGCUCACCUAUGGACUGCCGUUGCUCGUCAUCUCGCUGUCCUAUUUCAAAAUCUCGGUGAAGCUGAAGAACCGCGUGGUGCCAGGCACGGUGACCCAGAACCAGGCGGAAAUGGACCGCGCCCGCCGUCGCAAGACCUUCCGACUCCUGGUUCUCGUGGUCACUGCGUUCAGUGUCUGCUGGCUGCCGCUGCACAUCUUCAACUUUCUGCGCGACGUGGACAUCCGCCUGAUCGACAAGUACUACUUCAACCUGGUGCAGCUGCUGUGCCACUGGUUCGCCAUGAGCUCGGCCUGCUACAACCCGUUCAUCUACGCGUGGCUGCACGACAGAUUUCGAAGCGAGCUCAAGAAGAUGUUCACGGUGAAACGGAGGGUGGCUCCCAGUAACAACACCGGCAUGGCCAGUGUGGUGUUGUGAAGGAAGUGAGAGGGAGAGGGGGAGAAAGAGAGAAUGCGCUGGAAGUUAAACAAAUAAAUACGCGACACCGAAACGACGAAUUAAGUGUUAUAUAUGUGGUGAAGUAUUGUGAAAUAACGGCUGUAAAUUUUAUGAAAAUUGUAAUUUUUACUUGGUAAAGAAGUCACCUAAUCCAUGUCUUAAUCUCAGCACUAGCAUAUCAAAUGACCCCAAGUCGUAGACUUUUGUGUAACAGUAACUCUCGCUUUUAUUUUAUCCCCGAGUUUAAUUUUAACGAACUAACCAAAGUCCGAAUCGCAAACAUUCUUUUAUUUGGCUCGAUCGUUUGAGUUCCAGUACGCUCUCUAAAGGUUAAACGCAUUCGCUAUCGUACUGAGCAUAGAGCAGUAAGGCAACUUAACCCCCCGGGUUUUCCAAACUCCAGUCGGCACGACCCACCACGCUCCGUCUCUCCGCGUUUUAUCAAUUUACUCAUUCUCAUUCAAAUACGAAUUACGUCCUUCCACGCUGCACGCACCCGAUGAUGACAAACACGUCCCACGUGCACACGCACACACGGAGCGAGCAUACGUGUACUCACACGCACAUGCUGACACAUCAAGCUUAAUUUGCAUCGGCUCUAUAAUAACGCAGUGUUAAUUACAUAUCGUGACUGUACAUUGCAGUAUUACCUUCACAACGUGUUGGCUAUGUAUUUAAUCCACUGUUAAUCUAAAAUGUGUAUUCUUGGUUCUUUCGGUAAAGUCACGUAGGAGGGAAAUAAUAAAAUAAUAAAAUAAUCAAUAAAAUAACAUUCUCACGACGUUUCGGCCACAACGCAAAGGUGAAGAACAGAGCUGUUGGAAAGACAGCAUCCUUAUUAGGACAGCUCUGUUCUUCACCUGAGGACGGCUGCUUGCGUUGUGGCCGAAACGUCGUGAGAAUUGUAUUUUAUUUUGUUAAUUUUUUUAUUAUUUUGUUAUUUCCCUUCUACGUGACUUUACCGAAAGAACCAAGAAUAUGAAUCCCUGCAGUCACGAAAGCUUUAAAUCGAAAACUAAAAUGUGUACUUUUUUGUAUAGACGUGUACCGUAAAUUAUAGCGCUUAUACAUUGUUGACAUUACGUGUAACAUUCGAUUUUUUUGUGCCAUUGAUUAAUGUACAACCCUCUCGGUCAUGGACGUUGUUUGACCAUGCGGCACUGUACCACGUUGGUCAGUGUAAGUUGGUGAAGCAAGCCUAUAGAGCCGGCUCUGAUAUUACUCCUCACUGUUAGCCGUGGCCAGAAAUCAAACUCAGGUGGUUGGGCCCCAAGUGAUGUGCACCAACCACUUCACUAUUGUAAAGUUUUAUGGACAUCAGCCUUAAAUCUUUCUGCAGUGCGCGUUGGGAAACUGUAUUCAAUUAGAGUUGGGACGCUGAAUGGACUCCAAUUUUAAUCAACAAUAAAAAAAACUAGAGACCCUACAUGCCCUGCCCAGCGUGGUGCAGAUAAUUAUGUUAACGAUGUCGCCAAGCACCGCCCAAUUACCUCCCGUCCAGCGGCACACGAGGGAAGAUAAUUUAUACAUUGUUGUCCGACUGUGUUCGUAGUAGAGUAAUUAAACCGACAAUCAGUAGAGUGAUCGAUUACUCACAUCCAUACACAACAUAUGGUCAAAUUCUAUCCCAGCUAUAAGGUCAAAGGUGGGACCCUCUCCCAAAACAUGAAGUCAGUCACAUGUGAGUUUCCUGAAAGGUCAUCUCAUGCCGUUUAUAAUAAUAGCCUUAUUAGACCUUCAAUUAACAAGCUUCAUACGAGAGUUUAAAAGACUGGGUUCAGCCUUUAUUUCCCUCUACAACUUCUUCAUCACAAUAGGUAUUUUUUGUUUUACGCUUGGCAGUGAUAACAUACAUUUCGAUUUAAAGCUUUCGUGUCUGCAGGGAUUCAUAUUCUUGGUUCUUUCGGUAAAGUCACGUAGAAGGGAAAUAAU